AUGAACGCGGAGAUGGCGUCUGUCACACCUUCCCCUCGUCUUCGUAUUUCCCCCAGCCAUAUCUCCCUCGGGACUAGGGAACUGUUCAGGAUGUUGAAGAAUUGGCCUUUCUGUAUCCUGCUUGUGCUCGCGACUCUCUUGGUCCCUACUCUCGCGCUUUUGAACGAUAUUCCUCCAGGUUCUAACAUGGAUGAGGGUCAGCCGAAAUCUUGGCCAGAGUUGGUUGGAAUCCCAGGCACGGAGGCCCGCGAGAAGAUUUUGGCGGAGGACCCGACGUUGCAAGUGGGCAUCGUAAGACCAGGCAUGAUGGUGACGAUGGACUACCGCCUGAACCGCGUGCGCAUCUACGUGGAUAAAGAUGGAAUCGUGAAUCGUCCUCCCACAUUAGGCUAG